ACAAGAAUCAGUUGAACCGCCGCACGCUAGCGUUACGAGGUCAGAUACACGCUAUCAAAACUACAGUGUAAACAUAUUUGCUCUAGUAACCCUAUCUAUCUUAACGUACUGACAUACUUUGCCGGUUGUCUUUGUACCGUAAUUAUUCUCGUAAGACACCCAGUCGUUCCCCCGAAAAGAUCGUAAGACAAAGCUUUUUGCAAAUUUUCCGAACACCCCAAAUUAUGUCAAUGGAACCCCUCAGCCUCAACAGCAGCUUCGGCAGCCUGGUUGACGAAACCUUCUUUGGGCCGAUGGACGAUGAGGACACCUUGCUGCGACGACUGUCGCCGUAUGCUACUCUGCGACCGGGGGACCUCACUUCCUUGCUGGGGAUCCAGCUGCAUUCUCCUGAUGCCAACCGACACAAACCCAUCACCGGUUUUUUCGCUGACGCCAUCGUCGAAGCUAGCGAAGGCAGCACCAGCAGCGGCAGCGACGACGAAGCCGAGCAAAAGUCAUCGGACGAGGAGGCAGUCGUUGUGCGAGGACAGGACAUCGGAGACCUGCCGGCAGAGUAUGUGGUCCGAGGUUUGCGUCCCCAGGAAAUGCCAGUGAUCGGUGUGUACAUUGACCCACGAAUCAUGCCUGGCUUCCGUUACCGGGUGCGGCGGCUGAGAAGCGACAAGUACCUCUUUGACGGGCAGGCGCUGGUCCUGCAGUCCAUCGGCCUGGGCUUCGCCAAGCGCAUCACCUUCGAGGGAAACUCCUACAAUUUCAACGACAAUUACUUCUGGUCCGACAGCGACCCCAACGGUUUUGCCUUUGCUUUGGAGGCUGUCAGACCCGGGGACCAGCUGUCCAUCAUUGACGGCAACGGGUCGCUCGUUGGCGAGGUCAAAGUAGAAUCUGUGCCCUUCUUGCAGGAAGAGCUCAGUAGCAAGGUUGUGAAUGGUGACGUCAUCAAGCUCGUUCACGUGACUUUGAAGUGCAGCGUGACGUACUACCAGCGUCAUCACGGCACGGUCAACCUGAUGGUGCAAGACGUGGAGACGUUGAGCGGAGUGGCGCAAGUCAUCAAGCGGAAGGGCACGCGGGUUGCGGCCCUUGACUGCAUCAGCGACGUGACCUGUAACUGCAUCCGCGGCCCCUGCACGCUGCUGGUCGAGCCGUGAAGCAGAACAUUAACAUUCGAACGUGACCCUAAUCCCCCGCUUCCUGUCUGUUGAGUCAGAGGAUGAGGUCGUGCUGCUGCUGGGUCCUCCACAGAAUGAAGCAGUCUUCUGGAAGAGAGACCACAGAAAACCGCAAAGGCUUUUUGGUUCCAGGACCGACAGACAGGAUGGCAAUGUACAAGGGUGCAAAAGGUACUAACCCCGGCAAUCUCUGCGACCUAACGGGUCUUGUAGGUAGCAGACUAAAUCAAAAUAAAUCAGACAGGUUUUGGGGGACAAAUACACAGAAAUAAUGAUCAUAUUCUGCGAGCAGAUUCUUCUCAAUCAGCAUUUAACCAUGUUUCAUGUCUUCAUUGUAAGCAUGUUUACAGCAUAAGGAAGGCUGUUUUGUUCCUUGUAGCAUGCUGGGAUGAUGAUCAAGGUAUGGUCGCAGAAAGAAAAUGAGUCAUGUGGUACCAUUUUGAUUACUUGAUUAAAGUAUCAAACUUAUCAAGAUAUAUUUUUAAAGAACGAUGAUCUUGGAUUACCUUUCACUGAAAUGAAGCGGCAAGGGUGUGAUGCAAGGUAGCUUGGCUGUGAUUCGAUGCUAAUUUGUUAAUACCUGUAUCGACAAUCCUUAAAAGAUCUUGGGUAAUUUAUUUUACUGUCAGAACAUAACUGCCAUCUGCAGACAUUUUGCUCAAUGCUUAAUCAAUGCACAGUUUGUUACUGCUGUUAUCGGGUUGACCGGACACUCCUGUGUCACUGGUUAGACCUGAUCGUGAUGUGUUCGGUUCUAGCUAUCGCCAGUACAGAGUUCGUGCAUUUUGUUGUAAGUUGUUUUUUUUUAACCAUUUGUGACUUUUACAUGGUAUAAACUAACCAUUAUAUUUUUCAAAGAACGUAUUGAAAGAAAAAUAAAUGCGUGUCAUUCAUAAAA